AUGGCAAGCGAUUCUGAUGAUCUUAUUUGGUUAUCACUAAUCCUUGCCAUAGUCUUCUUCGGUUUACUAUUAGCAAUCGUAAAGAGUAGAGAAAAUAAAUUUGUCAACGACAGGCGAAAUAGUAAUGAAAUUAAUUUUCCCCCUUCUCCUUUUAAAUUACCGACGCCACCGCCGCUAAAGUCAAGGGAAGUGAUCGGAAACUCGUGCGAGUCGACGCAAUCAGAACUCGUGUUCUUCAUCGAAGAGGGGAAGAGGUUUGGAUUGGACGAUCUUUUGGAGGCAACGGCGGACUUGAAGAGCCAGACAUUGUGUAGCAGUCUUUAUAAGGUGAAUCUUGAGAAGAAUGGUUCGGUUUUCGCGGUUAAGAGGCUGAAGAAACUGCAGGUUUCUAUAGAGGAAUUUGAUCGAACAAUGAAGGAGAUUGGCAAUUUGAAGCAUCCUAACCUUCUUCCUCUUGUGGGUUUUAAUAAUUCUACCAUGGAAGAAAAGCUUCUUAUUUAUUGGUACCAAAGCAAUGGAAGCUUACUAAACCUACUAGAGGAUAAUGCAGAUGAAAAGAGGGAGUUCCCAUGGAAAUAUAGGGUUUCCAUAGCACAUGGAAUUGCAAGAGGAUUGAAUUUCAUACACCAAAACGACUCGAUCACCAAUGCCCUUGGAAACCUUAAGCCUUCAAAUAUUCUACUAAACGAAAACUAUGAGCCACUAAUAAGUGAGGUUGGCUACAUAAAAUUCAUGAACAAGAAGAGUAUAUGUUUCCUCCCCACAAGCGGCUAUAUGGCCCCGGAGAAAGCCCUAUCAAAACAAGGCGACGUUUAUAGCUUUGGCGUCAUAUUAUUGGAAUUGCUAACGGGAAAGGUGGUGGAAAAGACAGGACUAGACCUACCAAAAUGGGUGAAAUCCAUGGUUAAAGAAGAAUGGACGGCUGAGGUUUUCGACAAGAGAUUGGGGAAGGUUGGAAUUUAUGCGUAUCCAUUGCUCAACAUCGCUUUGAAAUGUGUGGCGCAUUUCGCUGAGAAUAGACCGGGAAUAAGGGAGGUGAUCGCAAAGAUAGAGGAAAUUGACAACAAACCGGAAGAUCCACCACCUUACUUUUCACCUAUAAAUUUAUAUUUUGAAGAUGCGGAGCAAGACAAAAUUGGAUAA